UCAGAAGUCGCGCAGUUGACGACUGGCGAGGACGGCAGCAAAAGAGUGGUCUUGUGUUUUUUGCUGCUGUUCGCUGGUUUUCUCUUUUCUCGGUGUGCAAAAUUUUAGGAAAUCAUUUCGCGCUGCAGUUAUUCACCGAUUUUUCGGCCUGUUCAACAUUCUGAAAUUUAGUUGCAUUGUGCUAGAAAUUGCCCCCAGGAUCCGCCUUCGGUAGCGGCAGCAGUGUAGAUUGUGGGUGUGAACCGGAAUAGCCCUAAAUGGAGAAGGAAAAUAUGUCGUCUGGAAGCAAAGGCCAACAGGAUCUAGUCGACGACAGCUGGGAGGAAAUUGAUGAAGAUCGGUUGGCCGUUCGCAUCAGUAAGUUGUCCAACGAUGAUGAUAGCCCUGGACCGAGUGGUGGUGGCAGUUCCAGCGGAAGAGGGCUAACAAACAAUAGUUUACCUGCAAUGUUGGAGGAGGAACUCCGCCCACGAAUGAUACUCCAGAGACCACAGAUGCAGAUCCUCCGGCGACCCCAGCCCCAGGGUCAGGAGGCGGAGAAGGCCGCUACUGAGAGCAAACCAAAGACCCAGAUUAAGUCCUUGGAUCAGCGGAAACAGGAAUAUGCGGAGGCACGCCUUAGGAUAUUGGGAUCGGCUCAUGACGAGGAGGAACAACAGCAAUCAAAGCAAAUCGAACAAGCACCGAAGAAAGGUAGUCCUAAUACCAACGGAUAUCGGAUAAACAACGCCAACAGCAGCAAUAGCAACACUACCAACAAUAACGCAGGCAAUAUUCGUCUUGAGAGGCCGCAAAAUUCCUUUCGACCACUUCCCGGAAAUUAUCACAUGCCACAACUACCUGCACCGCACCCUGGGGGAUCGUUCUAUGGACCUCAUCCUCCCGGGCGCAAUCAGCUUCCACCGGAGGCAUCAGCUUCGAUCAAUCAUCACUACUAUCCUCAACAGCAGCCACAAGUCGGUCCCCACGUUCCAGGUGGUUACCACUUUCAACAUCAUCCGCAACAACAGCAGCACCAUCCAUCGCAACAUCUCCAGCAGAAGCACUUAACACCGUACGGAAUGCCGCCUCAAUCAUCUGCCACCGGCUACCACCACGGGAUGGGACCAAUUCCGGCAUACGGUGGCCACUUGGGUCACCAUAAUAGUAAUAACAACGUUUUAAGAACGCCUUCCGGGCCCGAUGGGUCGCAUGGGUUUACCAUGCGGCGGUAGCUAGCAAACUAAAAGGGCUAAAAAAAGAAAAUUAGGAUUCUGUCAACUUAUGAUUUCGCUGCUAAAUUAUCAUGAACCUGUUUUAUAUAUUACUUCUGAAUGUACUUGGCCGGGAACCCUUCCUUCCUAAAAAAGUUGUUUCAAUCAAGCCGCUUAGAUAUUUCAUCCGAUCCGAUCGACCGUGGCCAAGUGCAGUAUAGACCACUCAAUGAAAACGAAACAAAAAAGUUUGAAAAUAUAGCAACCAUGUCAAAGUGCGUACAAUUGCUUUCAAUUUAUCUAAUGAAACCAUAAUCACUUAUUUCAGACUUUAUUGUAGAGGAAAAGAAUAUUUUAAUUAUUGUGUAAGAACGGUGCAAACAAAUAAAAUUUAGAGAACGUUGCUAUACAGCAAGUAUCAA